AUGGUGGUGCCGCCGCCGCCCUCCUGCCAGCCCAGCUGGCGGGGGGCGGGAGGGGGCGCGCCGGAGGAGGGGGGGCCUGAGGAGGCGGGUGCGAGCCCCGUGUGGGGUGCGGAGACCUCGGGCUGGAAUUCAGGGAGGGGAGAUCCCCGAGCCGCCUCCACCGACCCCGCCCCGGGGCCGCUCACGUCGGUUCCGGGGCGGAUUACCCCUCUCCUAACGGCGCGGCACUGCGGCUCCGGGAGCCGGGAGAGGGGGAGGGGUCGGAGGCCACGGGUCCAGAAACCGUUACUGGGAAGGCAAGUGGGCUGCGGCAGCCCUGGGCUGGGUGGGGCCGGGGUGGUCGAACCCGAGACCCGCGUGGGAGAUGAGGUGCGCGAGGCUGGUGUCCUGGCUCGCGGAAGCCGGCGGAGCAGGGGCCCGGGAAGGGGAGCGCGAGCCCGGGGGACGGUAACCGCUGCUGCACGGGGAUUGCUCCGGGCCCUCUCAGAGCCUUCUCCCUCAAGGGCACUCUCAGGGAUCCACCAGAGCCCUAAAAACCGAAGCCUCUGGAACCUAUAUCCUCCCUCUGUCCGUCUCGCCCCAGAAUCUUCCCUGCGUCCUCCUCGCCCCCUCCCUCCUGCAGACAUUUCUCUUACCACCUGGGCAGCUGGGCAGUUGCCCCACCGUUUUCAGCAAAGUGGAGCUAUGAAGCCAGAACCCCACAACGAUGUCCUGCUGGAGCUUGGCUUCAACCAGGGGCCUUCUCCACCAAGAACCUAGAGGAGUAGAGGAAAAAAUUACCUUUCCUUCCCUGCAUAUGUUAUCUGUUGAAAUGUUGAAAAAUACAGAAAACAAAUGAAAAAAAUAAAGCAGUGACUACUGAUUCUAUUACCCAAACAUAAGUACGUAGGAUAGGAGCUUUUCUCUCCACUCCAGAAAUGCCUUCCUAGGAGGAAUCUUUGGUAAGAGCAGGAAAAGAGCCACCGUCUCCAUUUGAAUAACAAUGUGACAGACAAGGAGUCAAAGGGGUGUCUCUACUACUGAGCCAGAAGUUAGGGUAGACAAAUAAAUGCUUUCUUUUUCUGUCAUAAAUGCUUCUCCCUGAAGGGCCAGAAGCAUCUGAGCCCUUCCCCCAAUCCUCUUCAGAAAGACAAAGAAGAGGGGUUUAGGUGAGAGUACAGAGUUGGGGAGUGAGCCAGAGAUUAACUGAAGCCUAGAGGAGGGGACACAAGGACUAAGAACACCUUUAUCAUAAUAAGAACACCCUUAACGUAGUAAGAAAUCUCCACAGGCUAGUCUUUAGGAAUGCAGACUUAUCAGAAAGUUUUCCUAAUUUAGUGAAUUAACUAAGCCCUGCAGUCCUCCCAAAGAUAUGGCUCAGCUAAUGGAAGUCUACUCUACAGACACUAUAUUUUGAUCAUUUUCUCAUAUCCUUCUAAAAUAGACUUAAAAAAAUUUUUUUUGA